AUGCCAGGUUUCAUAUCCCCGUAUCGCGGUGUCCGAUAUCAUUUAAAAGAGCACACCAGUAGGACACCAAAGAAUAGGAAUGAGUUGUUCAAUUUAAGGCAUUCAUCUUUAAGAUCAAAAAUUGAGUGCACAUUUGGGAUACUGAAGAAUCGGUUUAAAAUUCUUGCGGGGAAGCCGAAUUAUCCAUUUCCCACUCAAGUGGACAUUGUACUAGCGUGUACUGUGUUGCACAACUUUAUUGCCUUGGAGGAUCCGGAUGAUGAUAUUUUAAAUGAAAAUGUUGAAAUUGAUGAAGAUACUGGGGAAGAGACAAAUGAGGACGAAUCAAAUGUGAUGGACUAUACUCAAAGUAGGACACAAAGAGAGGAUCGAGAUGUUAGAAAUGAAUGGAAGGAGUUACGAGAUCAAAUUGCUUGGGCGAUGUGGGUGGAUUAUUGUGCAAAGUACAAUGGUGGUAACACAAUGGAGAGCGGUUUAACUUAG